CUCUAACCCUAGCCGCCUCUCUCUUUUCCCUCUUCUUCUUUUCCGCCUCCCUCCUCUCUCCCUCUCUCCCUUUCACCGCCGCUCCCACCUCCCACCAUUUCCGCUCCAUCCACUUCUCCUUGUACCCCCACGCCUCACGCUCCUUCCACUUCUCUUUGUCUCCCACUCCUAUCGCUCAUACGCUCCUCUCUCUCUAUUCUUAAACCAAACAAAGCCCUAUAAAUUCAGGGCGAAGUUUUCGGUUAAAGGGGGGGAUUUUUGGAAUGGUCGAGAGACGGGAGCCGAAAUAAAAAAAAAAAAAAAAAAGGGAUUGAACACGAUUUGAAGAAUUUCUGGGCUUGGAAUUCUGUUUUAGCCACUUAGAUUCCUCUGAAAACAUUAAUAUUCUUAAGCCUUAACAUUUUCGGGUAGCGAUUCAAAAUAGCAAACCAUAUUUUUACUCCUUUUCUCCCCCCUGCAACUAAAUUUCGAUUUCAAGCAUAGACGAGUUGAGGUUCGCUCGUGUUCGGGUCUAUUCAUAACGAGAAUGUAGAUUCGACGACUUCGACGCCUCAGUUCAUUGCGCGCGAAACAGGACAUCCUGGAAAAGGAAUAUUUGGCCUUGGAUAGAGGUAAUCGAUCUGGAUGAAGUUUUUCAGCCAUGCUAGUUAUGAGAAAUAGUAGAAGACCUAAAUCUUUCAUUUAUAAUCUGUCAAGGACAUCUUUCGUGUUCAACCUCUCGUUAGGAGAUUCAGCUGUGCAAUUCAAUGCCAACACCAAAAUGGACACCAUACAAUGCGAUAUUUUCUUAAAACCACUCUCUUCAGGUUCCAAUAAGGUGACGUUAAUAAUAUCCUCUGGUGCUGCAGGUGCUAUAAGGACUGCUACUCAAGCUAUACCUGCUUUAAUCUGUUGGAAACUUUGGAAGGCUAGGUGUGCACUCAGAUAUGGUAACAAAAGAACAAUUGUCACUACAAUAUGCAAUGAGGUUCUAUUUCAUCUCAAGGUUUAUUUUACUAGAAACAAUUUCCAUAACAAUUCAGAAUUCUUGGCACCAGCUAUGUCAAUUUAUUGA